GCCAGCUAUGGCAAAAACAAAUCAAUCAUUCGUAUUGAAUUUACCCAUUUCUUAAUAAUAGUUUGUAUCGGAGUUGGAUUAUGUUAUUCAGUUUAGUAUUUUGUUUUCUUUGCAUUGAAAAAGUAUAUUCCGCAACCACAGAGAUGUCCAGCAAAGUGAUACUCAAUCAAACCAGAAGAAUUUUGAGAGGUCACGAGGCGGAAGAUACUCGACCAUACAUGGUUUACCUCCGACCCGCAUCCAUUGGCAGUACAAAGGGGAAAAGGUCCAACUGGCUGUGCGGAGGGGUCAUCAUCCACCCCCAGUACAUACUGACGUCUGCGGCCUGCAUCGAGGAUGUCAAACAAUUCUACGUGGUCUCUGGAACACACAGAUGGUUGCCGUUAGAGGAAGAAGACGAAUGCGUGAAGAAUGGUGCGAAGAGAGCUGUAUGGAAAUGUGUACCUAAAGACUACGUCUUCGAUGGCAAAGAAUUCAACAACAUUCGCUGGAUGAUUAACGACAUAGCCGUCGUUAAAGUUAACGAACCGUUCAACUUCGAGAGACGCGUCAGAGGCUGCGACUUCGUGCCCAAAAUGAUCGCCUACAACAACCAGUCGGAGAACCUCGAGAGUCCUAAGACUGUGGCAUCUAUUGCUGGAUGGGGCUCCGUUGACAGAUUUGGUGAUAUGUUUGAGCGUCCCACAAUGAAUUCACCGGAGCUGCUAGAAACGGACGUCAUACUGAUAUCGAAGACGAAAUGCAAGCGUCAAUGGCCUGACCAAUACCAUCACAUUAUAGACAACAAUAUGAUUUGCGCUAAAGAUGGCGUUGACGCAGACUCCGUCAGUCUUCUAUGUAGAGAACAAGAGAUAAAUUGCAAGGAACUAGUCUAUUCUGAUGAAGUAGAAGACGAAACGUAUCGCGCAAGAAGAUACAUUCUGGAGCCGAGUAAGACGCAAAUACAUUCGUCGGGACAUUGGAGUGAUGCGAGAAGAGCCAAACCCAUAUCUGGGGGAUUUUGUGAGAACGACCACGGCGGGCCCUUAGUAGUCGGCCACGGAAAGACUUCUGUGGUGAUAGGAGUCAUCUCCGCCUGCAUGACCGCCAACAUCACGCAGAAGUGUCACGGACCAUUCCUUUAUACGAGCGUCUGGCGGAAUAGACAUGUCAUCAGCUGUGCUAUCGAAAAAGACAUUGAAAUGUCAUGCAGAAGAAUGUUAAAGUCACUAAACAAAAAUAUGGUUGAGACAAAUUUCGAGUGGCCAAAACUUCGUGAAAGGUAA